AUCUUUACCAAAACAGUGUGCAUUUAGUGUGGAAAUUUGAACGUGAACUCAAGAUGAUAGAUGAAUUCUCACUGCCCGUGUCUUUGCAAGAGCUGGAUGUAGAGCCGGAGUAUGAUAUGGAGGAGUUGGUUAAUGGCGGCCUAUUGGAUGAGUGCCUGGAGUGUCUGAGUGUUGGGCGGUCCUUUAGUGUCGAGUCUUGUUUCUCUGUUUACAUCCAUCUCCUCAGGAGGUGGUCUAAGAUCCCAGAGAGUAUUCGUGUGCAAUACUGGACAUGUCUGGUGCGAGGUCUUGAGGGAUUGUGUGGGGAGAUAGGAGGACAGGAGCUGCACACACUCUGCCCUGAUGUCAAGCAAGCCACCAGGACCAGGAUUAAGAUGUUGAGCUAUCUGGUGGUACAAUGGGUAGAGGCUAGUGAGAAUAGCUGCUCUGCUACUGGCAAGAAACAGACCACACCGUCUGGUUGGAAGGCUGGUAGAGAGAGCAGUAUAGAGCUGAUGGCAGUGAUGAUGGAGCUGCCCCUGGCCUCACUCUGGGACCCUCCCUCCCCCUCUAUGAUGGAUGACCUCAGUGGCCUCGUGGCUAGUGCCUGUUACAAGCUCUUAGAGAGUCCAAUAGUGUCACGUGAGAGAGCCCUCACUGACAAGACUGUGCGGUUACUAGGAAGGCUUGUGCGUGACUAUGGGCAGGGCCUCAGUUUCUCUCUGAAAGUGUCCCAACUAUUGCACAACUUUGACCAUCUCGUGAGCACUCUGUCUGCAGCUGUAGUGACUCUAGCUAACGACUAUGGUGUCAAGUCUAUUGUACCAGAUAUCAUCAGGGAGAUAGCCAGUAAAGACCCUAAGGACCUGUGUGUGGAUGCUAGUGGGACCAGAUGCUUUGCUGGCUUCCUUGUGGAGGUGGGCGGGGCUCUACCUGAGCUGGUACUCCCUGUCAUCAGUGUGCUAGUCCCUCAUCUCACUGGGGAAUCCUACACCUUCCGCAAUGGUGUCCUGGGAGUGAUGGGACAUCUACUCCUGCAUCUUAGUAGAGGUCAAGGUUCACUGACUAACAAUCCUAGAGACCAACUAUUGUCUAAGCUAAUGGAACAUGUGUACGACACCAACGCCUUUGUGAGGGUAAAGGUCAUUCAGAUACUGGACAAUCUUGUCUCCUCCAAGGCUAUCCCCCUCCACUCGCUGCAAGAAGUGUUAGAGUUGGUGUGUGGUAGAUUGUCAGACAAGAGCAGCUCUGUGAGGAAAGCCUCUCUGCACCUCCUCACAUCCACACUCACAUGCAACCCAUUCGCAGCAAAGCUUGAGUUGGAGAUGUUCCAGAGUAAGCUAAUAACAGAGCAGUCCACACUAGAGGCCUUGGUCGCAGGGGGUGUGGCUCCAGGAGGUGUGGCUUCAGGAGAUGGCGAGGAGAAUAGAGAGUUGGCCAAACAGCUGGCUGUGGUCAACUACCUCCAGAAUGCUGUACUGUUUGUGGAGGUCAUCAGUAGUCACAUCCCAUUGGUCGUCCAGAUGAUGAGUUCAAAGGUUACAUCAGAUAUUCUAGAAGCUAUCAACUUCCUCUCAAAGUGUGCUUCAUUUGGAAUACCGGCUGCUAGGCUCGGGGUACAAAGGUCACUGGGUCUCGUAUGGUCUGGUGAUGCUGCUAUACGCAAGGCAGUACUGGACGUGCAUAUUCAACUGUACCUUGACCCCGGCGAAGAGGGUUCUGGUGGACGUGUUGUGGGUGUGGCUAAUAACCUAGUUGCCAUGGUGAGAGGUUCCAGUCGCGGACAGUUGGCCUCAUUAGAGCGGUUACUAGGAAUGCUGGUGGAGGGUCACUACAUCACUGCCCCUGUCAUUAAGUGUCUCUGGGAUAUAUUCCAACAGUCGAGUGCUGACUCAGCAUUAGCCGUACAAGUGCUCUCCAUGAUUGGGGGCGUGUCACGUGAUGUCAUCAAUAACAACUUUGAUCUUCUUAUAAGAACUGGAAUAGUUGGUCAAGACGAGAGAACAGAUCUGAUCCUGGCAGAACGGACAUGCUCAGCACUCAGUAAAAUGGCUGCCAGUUCCCUGCCUAAUGGGAAGCUGCUCCUCAUAGACCACCCUCUACUCUGUCAGCUGAGGGACCUGCUAUUGCAGUGUUUGAGUGAUGUCACCACCUCACACUGGGCAGGCCUGGCAGAGGAAGUGGUAGUCUGUGUGUUCAAGCUCUGUCAGAGUCCCAUUCUCUUCUGUGAGGACCUUCUACACAGGCUAACCGCUGCAGCAUGUCCACCAGAGGCUGUCAACAUCAACUCUGUGGUGUUGGGUCGGCUAUUGUUUGCUGUGGGAACAGUGGCACAUCGUCUCAUGCUAUUCACUGAGACCAUCGUGAGUAGAGAGCUCAAGACUAGAGCUGCCAAGGACUUGGACAAGCAACCACUCUCCAAGGAUGGUGAUGAACUAGCACUGGCUGGAGCCUCGGGGGACGACCCUGUCAUUGAACUAGUUAAACGAGUACUAGAAGGAGAAGUGGGCGGAGCUCCAGGAUUACUCGCGACCUUUGAACCUCUUAUUGUGGAAGUGUUGGUGAAUCCUACCAAGUACCAAACUGCUGAGCUCAGCAACUCUGCUGCUCUCACUCUGGCCAAGCUCAUGCUCAUCAGUCCGUGUGUGUGUGAGCGCUAUCUUCGUCUCUUCUUCACUGUGCUGGAGAAGAGUGAGGCUGAGAGUGUGAGAGCUAAUGGAGUCAUCAUGGCCAGUGAUCUAGCCUGUAGAUUCCCCAACCUCAUUGAGCCCUGGACACCACGCCUCUAUGCUAGGCUGAGUGAUGUUUCGUGUCGAGUGCGUAGGAAUACAAUGACAGUGUUAACACAUCUUAUCCUCAACGACAUGGUCAAGGUCAGAGGUCAAAUAUCUUCCAUAGCCCUGGCCAUCGAGGACUCUGACCCCAAGAUUGCUGACUUGGCAAAACACUUCUUCCACGAGUUGGCCUCUAAGGGCAACACUUUGUACAAUGUGAUACCUGAUAUUGUGAGCAGUCUAUCAGGAAGUGAUCCACCCACUCCACACGACACAUUCAACAACAUCAUCAGGUACAUAUUCAGUCUGAUUCAGAAGGACAAACAAUGUGAGAGUUUAGUGGAGAAGCUAUGUCAUCGUUUCAGAGCUGCAAGGAGUGAACGCCAGGCGAGGGACCUGGCUCACUGUAUCUCUCAACUUUCUCUGAGUGAGAAGAGCUUGAGACGUCUAUCUGAUAAUCUCCCUGCCUACAAGGACUGGCUGGUGGAGGCGACAGUGUAUCAAGCAUUCACUGCUCUACUCAACAAAGCUAAGAAGUCCACUAAACCAGAGGUCAAAGGUCAGAUUGAUGACCUGGAGAGACUGUUCAAAGAGGCUCAUGAGAAGGGACUUGAUGUAACCACAUCCCUUGACAAAGCCCCUACCCAGGAGACCCCCCAUGAAGCCAGUGUAGAGACCCCCCAUGAUAAGAUAGCUGAUGAUGACUUCUCACGCGAUGUUCUCUCCUCCGCUAGACGCUCAUUAGCCAGGGGAACCCCACACUCUGAUGGGGUCAAAGGCCACUCUGAUGGGACCAGAGGUCAAAGGAGAGGCCAAUCAUUCAAGACUGAACCCCUCAAGUUUGAGUUAGAUUCGAGUGAUGAAGACUGACUGUUACUAUAGCUACAGUUACCAUAGUUACCACAGUGACUCUUUUAUUGCAAACAUUUAUCUUGUUGUUUUGUACGAUACUUUAUUCUGAUCUCAACCAUUUCCUUAUAAUGUUUAAUUGUUAUUGAGUUUG